AUGAGCUAUCCAAUAAUCCUUUACCCUGAGGGUGUUCAACGGCCCAUGGUCGCGUUUGGUUCCUCCGGUCUCGUUUGUCGCGACUCCCGCAAUGAUGCCGAAGUUUUAAAAAGUCCGCUUCGGUAUAAUUUGAGUAGAUGUAGCGAAAGUACCGUGAUCUUUAUAAAAGAGGAAGAGUCGUUCUCUUCAGCAUGCAUAGAGAGAGAGAAAUUUAUUUACCAGUCUCUUCCCAAACACAAGGAUAUUCUCGAGUGCCUUGGUAUCACAGAGGCUGGUAUUCGAUUUCCAUAUAUACAGACUGGACAUCUGCGUGAUUAUAUUCGAAAGAAUUCUUCGUGUCUGGAUAGUCAGACUAAGAAUACUUGGAUACGAAGCGCCGUUCAUGCAACUGAAUUCGUUCAUCGCCAUUCCAUUCUUUGCGACUUUGCAGGCUCUGGCAUCGAUAAUAUGCCUUCAUUCGUGACGGAAGAAGACCGAUACAGAAAGUCGCCAGACUCGCCUCGGACGUUCCAGACAGACUUGUUCGCUCUUGGAUGCCUUAUAUUCGAGAUUGUGGUUGGCUCACGCCCGUAUGAAGAAAUCGCUGAUAAAGACUGGGAAAAAAUUGCGGAAAACUACGACCGCGGGAUCUUUCCCCCGGUGGAGGGCUUGAAAUAUGGGGAGAUCAUUUACAAAUGCUGGACGUCCCAAUAUAUGGAUGCCCGCCAACUCCUAUCGGAUAUCGAGAACAUCGACGACACAAAAGUGGAUCUGUUGUCAUUUUUGAUAGUCAACUACCCAGAACGGGCCCUUCUCCCACUUGGACUAGUGUCAGCUUGUAUGCUUGCCUUUUGUAUUUACCAGAGACACAAAUAA